CAGCCCCCAAAGACCCGAACCCAGGCAGCCCGCAGCGUCCAAAAGGCCAGCUCACUACGAAGUCCAAACACCAGGUGCCAUUUUCCAACGGGAGUCGAAGACAUCCAAUCCGACGACAGCCGGGGGCAAAGAAGUAACACUCGGCUGAAGUUGCGCUGUACCGGACGAACGAACGACCACGACAAUCAUUAUCUGCCUCUUUCUUUUUUCUCACCACUGCAUCUUUCUGUACACCUGGCCUCGGUCAAGCUACCCUUAUUUUUUUCGACAACUACUCUACCACGCCACACACGACCACCACACUGCGAAUCUUGACAUCACCCACCCCGAUUUUCCUUCUCGGCCUGCACCUCGAUUCUUGACACACGACGCGCACACUGCUGCCGACCGGCACACCAACUCUACGAACACAGACCUGCCCAUUGGCGACAACCACAAUGCUGUUUAAGUCGACCCUGUCAGCCCUGUGGCUGGCUGCGUCUGCUUGGGCCGCCGGCCAGAAUGACGAGGGGGAUGUCAAGAGCAUAGGGUUGAGGACACACACACUCGUGCAGCCCUACCUUGACAGUGACAUGCAAAGUCGGUGGUAUGACUUUGGAGGGGACACGAUUAUCCGUACCGACCAGUACAUCCGCCUGACCUCGGACCACCCCUCGCAGAUGGGAUGGCUCUUUAGCAGAGUGCCAUUGACCGCCACAAACUGGGAAAUCGAGGUGGAAUUCAAGAUCCACGGCAAGGGCCAGCUCUACGGCGACGGGUUCGCCAUGUGGCUCACACGAGAGCGCGGCAAGAUGGGCCCCGUCUUUGGCGCCGCCGACAAGUUUGAGGGUCUCGGUAUCUUUUUCGACACGUACAAGAACAACCGCCCCGGCGUCGUGUUCCCCUACGUCAUGGCCAUGGUUGGCGACGGCCACACCUCGUACGACAAGGACACGGACGGAAAGAGCACCGAGUUUGCCGGCUGCUCGGCCAGGGGCAUCAGACACGCCACCGUUCCCACCAAGCUUCGCCUGACGUACUUCCAGGACAAGUACCUCAAGCUGGAGCUGCAGUACAAGAGCGAGGGCGAGUGGACCAUGUGCUUUGAGACGAACACUCCCCCCACGAUUCCCCAGGUGGCGUACCUGGGCUUCAGCGCCGAGACGGGCGAGCUGAGCGAUAAUCACGACAUCAUUUCGAUCAAUGCGAAGAAUCUGUAUACGUCCCAGCCGAACGCGGGCAAGUCUACUCCUGGGAGCAACAAGGGGGGCAAGAAGUCUUAUGGCGGACAGGAGGGGGGUAGCAGCUGGACUUGGUUCUUUAUGAAGAUUUUCUUCUUCUUUGCGGUGCUGGGUGGUGCGUAUGUUGGGUUUACUGCGUACAGGGCCAAGAACCAGAGGAGCCACCGGUUUUAG